AUGAGUGGUGGACAGCUUCUUGCCGAGUACAGGAUUGCAAAUGGCCUGGGUGCAGACACAGCUAGAACGAGGCCACUGCUGGGAGAUCUGCCUGUGAACGUCUCUCACGACCAGCAAGCUGUCCAGCCAUUUGACGUUGGCAAUGAUGACUUUGAAGACGAGCAAGAUGAACAUGACGCCGACGCCUUGACUGUGACUACAGACACCACCACCAGCACGACGGGCGAAAGUGGCCGACGGCUCAUACCUGCCCCGAGAUUGACCAAGGCUGAAGCUCGAGCGAUCAAAAAGGCCGCCAAAGUCGCAAAGUCGCAAUCCAAGGCGGCCAAGAACCAACAGAGGCACACUAUCAAUGUGCGGACUGCAGAUGUCUCAUUUGUUGCAGAGGUCUUGCAUGGCACCAAUGCCGGAACAGCAGGACAGCCCGCUGCGACACACCCAUUGGCGAGCGACAAGACCAUCGAGGAGGUCAUUGCAAGAAACAUGGGGUUCAUCUCGGGCAUUCAGGCCCACAAGAAGAUGCUACUCUCCAGCAUCGCACAGAGGAGAAAGAGUGAGCGUGAAAGGCGCAAGAGCUCGAUUGCCGGUGCAUUCAAUCAGGCUGCCGGCGGGAAGAAGAGGAGAUUUAGCGAAGGCAUGCAUGAAUGCGAUGCCGACGACGACGAGAUGGAGGAUUUGCUUGUUGCUGUGUUGGUCAAGCUUGGAGUUGAUGGAGGACACGCUCGGUCGAGUAGUUGUCCUGCGAACGCUGCUGCUGCUGCCGCCGCCGUCAACGGGGUCAGCGCGAAGAAAAAUGGCGCCGGAGCAGGGAUCAAUAGAGCGUCUGUCUCUUCUCCACAACAGAUCCCCGGCAUCGUCACGGCUCUGAAGGCUCUCAUGCGAGAUGACCUGGAAAGGUUCGAAAAUGAGCAACGGGAGACGUGUGUCCGAGCGGGUGGGUUCUGGAGAUAUGUCGGACGGCCUGUGUUUGAGCGCAUGACCAAGAUUGCAGAAGAACUGGAUUGGAAGACAGGGGUAAAGCUCAAGGAGGUCAACAGGGAAAUGGAGGGCUGA